AUGGAUUCUUCAGCAUCCUUCGGCGAUCUCCAGACCUCCAUCUCUCAGGCCCUUGUAUCCACCACGCGCGCGGCGAAUCGUCUGAACUCCGAGGACCUUGCAUUCCACCGAUCGCUCGACCGGAGCCUGUCCGAAAGACUCGACACCCAGAAUGCACGGCUUCUUGAAAUUGCGCAACGUCUACUUGGGAGCGCGAUCUCGGGUGAGGCUGUAGGUCCUACAUUUCCCGAUGGCAAAGAAGACCUCGAGCACAAAUGGAAAAGCGUGGUUGAUGUUAUCGACAGUUUGCUGGAGAGGGCGGAUACGAGCUUAGACGAGUAUACUGGCGUGGUGAAGAGAGUGGACGACACGGGCCCAAACAAUGUUGCAGACAGUGCGGCAUCUAAACGGCGUGGAGCGAAGCUGUUCCGCUUGCAAGAACUAGCGAAACCGCAGCUCGCCUUCAAACACUUGCCUCAGAAUAAUCCAUCAGGCCCCUGGAAACCUUUGCUAACAAAGAAGCCGCAUGCAAAGCAACUUCUACAGCAAAGUCUGAGCAUAGCAGAAUCUCAAUGGGGUAUAGAACAGUACCAGCAUCCCUACCGCACCGAGAUAGAUCAAUAUACGUUCCCGGAAUCAGUCUACACCAAAGCUGAGCCUGUUCCUUACUUGCCUUACGAAGAAACCACUGCCACAUGGGUCGACACUACGGAAGGCCUCGCGUCCAUGCUAGAAGAGCUGAAGGGUGCAAAAGAGAUAGCCAUUGAUAUUGAGCACCAUGAACAUCGUACAUUUUCUGGGUUACUAUCUCUCAUGCAGAUCUCUACGCGCGACAAAGAUUGGAUAGUGGAUACCUUGAAGCCGUGGAGGAGGGACUUGGAAUGCUUGAAUGAAGUUUUUACAGACCCUUCGAUUGUCAAAGUUCUACAUGGAGCAUACAUGGAUGUCAUUUGGUUGCAGAGAGAUCUCGGACUCUAUUUAGUAGGACUUUUCGACACUCACUGGGCUGCGAAGGCGCUAGGAUAUGAUGGUGGCAGUCUAGCUUUCUUACUACAGAAAUUUGUUGGCUUUGAGGCUCAGAAGCAGUAUGCAACAGCUGAUUGGCGAAUACGGCCGCUACCAAAGGAGUUAUUCGACUAUGCUCGCUCGGACACCCAUUUCCUUUUGUACAUUUACGACCACAUGAGGAAUGAGCUCAUAGAUCGCUCGAAUUUCGAUCAUCCAGACAAGAACAAGGUUCAGCAGGUCCUCGAGAAGUCAAAAGAGACUGCUCUCCAGACGUAUUCUCAGCAUGUCUACGACCCGAAUGGAAGAGGUCAAGGUGGAUGGCUCGGCUUGCUUAUGAGGACGCCAGCGGAGUUUUCUAAAGAGCAAUUUGCAGUGUUCAAGGCUGUUCAUCAAUGGCGUGAUCACGUAGCUCGCCAAGAAGACGAAGGUCUAAAUUAUCUCAUGUCUAACCAUGCGCUAUUCAGUAUUGCGCGCGAGAUGCCGAAGGAACCUUCCGAGCUUCUAUCGCUGGCGACACCUGUGACAGCCGUCCUACGCUCUCGAGUUGAUGAACUACUCGCUGUCAUUACGAAGGCUAGAAUAGAGGGCGAAAAUGGACCAGAGAUGAUUGAAGCCCUCAAUAAUCAUCGUGCUAAACGUCAAGCAGCUUUGUCUGCCACAGUUCCCAUCAUCCAGUCAGCACCUCAAUUUGCCGAGUUCAGUAGCGCUCCUCCAACAUUGAGAGAUAGCGGUAGUAUGCGCAGCACAAAGUCUAGCUUCUGGGGCAACUUCCUUAGUAGCCUAUGGCCACAGCGCAGAAUGAGCAGUACACUAGCGCCCUCACAGGACCUCACUCUUGCCGUCCCUCUUCCACCUCUUACGGCUGAGAUAUUCGCAGAUGGUACAAGCGCAGCCGAGACUACCAAGCAAAAGCCAGAGCUUAAGUUCAUUCGGAAGGAGGAUCGUCCAAACGUCGACGAUGAUGAUGAAAUAUUCGUGAUCAGAGAAUUAGGCCAACGCAAGCGCAAAGCCGACGAAGACCCGUCUACAGGUCUUCAUGACAUACCCGGAGACGAUGCUAUAGCGCUAGAAGAAGGAAUGGAGAAACGAAAUCUCCGCAGGGAACAAAAAGCAGAGGCGAAGAGGCAGAAAAAAAUGGCCAAGCGUGCCUUGAAUGCCGACGGAAAGCCGUUGAAUAAAGGGGUGCCCGAAGAUAUGGACGCCGCCCCAGAGCCUCAGUCCUACGACUACGAGAAUUCACCGAGCGUUCUGAAGUCACAGCAGGAAUCGCGUACGAUAAGUGGGGCGAAGAGCAAGCCCACUAAGGGCUUCGACCCAUUCAAGAAAGCAAUGGACGCACCAAAGGGAUUGGCUCGAGCGAGGAAGCCCGAAGAGGGACGGAGCAAGACGUUUAGGAAUUAG